AUGAAAAAAUGGUGGAAUUGGGUCCUGGCUUUUGCUUUAGUGUGUUUGUUAUUUGUGGCGAUACCUCUUUCCUACACAGGAGGUAGGAGUAAAGAGGAAUUAAAACCAAUGUUCGAAGAAUACGUGAGAAAAUAUAAUAAAAGUUAUGUUAAUGAUUCCGCCGAAUAUGCUACAAGAUUUGAACAUUUCGUGGCCUCAGUUCAAGAAAUAGAUGAAUUGAACUCGGCAGCUAGAGGUCCAGAACAGUACCGUGCCAAAUAUGGCCUAACACAUUUGUCUGAUAUGUCCAAAUUGGAGUUUCAAGAGCUACAUUUGUCGGAUGAACAACCAAAUAGACGAUCACAUAGUCAUAAGCAAUCCUUUGUGCCUCAAUCAUACUACAAAGACGGAUAUGUCACUGAUGAUGAAAAAAGAGAUAUAGAUCCAAUAGUUAUACAUGAUAACAUUUACAUCAUCAUAAAGAAUAGAGCGGCAAGGGCUAUAGGUUCCUUACCAAUGCAAAUUGACUGGCGUACAAAGGGCGUCAUAGGACCAAUUAAAGACCAGGGCCUUUGCGGUGCCUGCUGGGCCUUCAGCACAGUAGGAGCUAUGGAAGCAAUGGCAGCUAUCAGCACUGGAAAGUUUCAACCGCUCAGUGUUCAGGAAGUAAUAGACUGCGCAGGAUUAGGGAACAGCGGUUGCGCUGGUGGCGACAUUUGCCUCCUUCUAGAUUGGCUGAUGAUGACAAAUUCAGUAGUGGAAACGGACAAAGAGUAUCCACUCAAGCUGACGAACGGCGUAUGUGUGAUGAACAAGAACGCGACCGGUGUACGAGUGAAGUCAUUCACAUGCGAUGACUUUGUUGGGACAGAGGACAAAAUAUUAAAAUCGAUAGCUACUCACGGGCCAGUGGCGGUAGCUGUGAAUGCUCUAACGUGGCAGAAUUACCUCGGCGGAGUCAUACAAUACCAUUGCAGUGGAACAGCGAAAGACCUCAACCACGCUGUAGAGCUGGUCGGCUACGACUUAACAGCAGAUGUACCGUACUACAUUGCUAAGAAUUCGUGGGGUCCUAGCUUUGGGCUAGAUGGUUAUAUCCACUUAGCGAUCGGCUCUAACAUAUGCGGACUUGCCAAUGAAGUCGCCUCCGUCGACGUCACGGUUUAA